AUGCCGACGGAUAGGUUGGCAAAAUGGCAGAUUUUGCUUACCGAAUUUGAUUUUGUGUAUGUUACUCGCACCGCCAUGAAAACACAAGCGUUGGCCGAUCAUAUGGCAGAGAAUCCGAUUGAUGAUGAAUACAAACCCUUAAAGACAUACUUCCCUGAUGAAGAGAUCAACUCUGUCGAGGAAGAAAUUCCUGAUAAUGACCCCAGGAUGGCUCGGGCUUAUAAUAAGAAAGUACGCCCAAGAAAUUUUGAAGUGGGUCAACUUGUUGUGAAACGUAUCCUUCCCCACCAAGACGAGGCCAAGGGAAAGUUUGCUCCAAAUUGGCAAGUCCCUUAUGUUGUUAAGCAAGUGUUAUCCAAAGGAGAUUUGCAAUUGACAGAUAUGGAGGGAAAGGCGACCGACACGAUUGUCAAUGCAGAUUCAAUCAAGAGAUACUACAUUUAG